CAAUUUUCACCAUACGUUGAGUGAAAUGAAUAUCGGUGAUUUUAGAAAAGUGAAAAUCGAGAAUACUUUGAAAUAGUUGUUAGGUUACCUUUUUUCGUACAUUAUGUGGUUAAAGUAGUGUUGCACCAUUACGGUACUAUUAAUUCCACAAGCCUAGUUUCAAUGGAAAUAAGUGAAUUGUGUGCGAUCUAGCGAAAUGGUAGUGGAUAAUUAUUAUAAAAUACCCUUAUCGAAGAGUUAUUUACACCAGUAGUCAUUGUGAAUAGUUGAUACAAUAGUGCUCAAAGCAUUCAAAUCAUAUUACCAACAGCAAUGAUUUAGUGAAAGCAUGCUAUACUCUUCCCAUGAAGCUGCGAAAUCAUUACUGUUAUUAUCAUCGAAUGCGAUACAAGACCAGAGAAAGCAGAAUAAGUGUAGCCCCUUGAGAGAAGAUAAAAGUGAUAGCUGGCCUAUAUGCGAAUAAAUAAGUGUAUAAGUGAAUAAAUAAAAUAAAGCAUGCAAAUAUGGCUAGUAGUGGUCCAGAACAAGGAAUAGUGGGUCCUGCUGGCUCUGACGGUCAUCAGAAAAUCAGCGGUGGUCGCUAUGACUUUGAGGAUGGCGGUACAUUUUGCGGUGGAUGGGAGGAUAAUAAAGCACACGGUCAUGGUGUUUGUACGGGUCCAAAAAAUCAAGGUGCCUACUUUGGUGCUUGGCACUACGGUUUUGAAGUGUCGGGAAUUUACACCUGGCCUAGCGGAUCUUCAUACGAGGGACACUGGCAAAACGGAAAAAGACAUGGUCUUGGUGUUGAAACCAGAGGCAGAUGGAUAUAUAGAGGUGAAUGGACGCAGGGAUUCAAAGGAAGGUACGGUGUUAGGCAAAGUGUUUCGUCUACAGCAAGAUAUGAAGGUACAUGGGCUAACGGUCUGCAGGAUGGAUACGGCUCGGAAACCUAUGCUGAUGGAGGAAGCUACCAGGGCCAAUGGUUACGUGGAAUGCGUCAUGGCUACGGUGUGCGAACUUCGGCUCCGUUUGGAAUGGCUGCGCGAUUUCGAACAAAAUCUAUACGUGUUUCGAUGACAUCGUUACGAAGUAAUGAAGGCGGGACCAAUCAAGCACCUACUCCUGAUCCAGUCGAAAAGCGUAGUCAUAGGAUAGAUGACGCACGAGGAGGUUUCGUGCUGAAAGCAAAGUCAGAUGAACCUCCCGCAAGACGAAAUAGUUUAGUAGAAAAAACGAAAAAAGGAUUAUUAUCGGGCCUUAAAAUAAGAAAGCAACGAAGUACUGGUGAUUUAGAAAAACGUGGGACUGGAUCUGGAAGCAUUCGAUCAACUGCAUCGAUUGCAUCAUGGCUCAGCACAGAGUCCUCACAGUCAGGAAUGACAAACAAAUCAAUGCAUACAGAUUCCAAUGCUAGCUUUAUCGUGGAAGACGAACAAUUGGAUGGAAGCGUAGUUGAAACAUAUAUGGGUGAAUGGAAGAAUGAUAAGCGAUGUGGUUAUGGUAUUUCCGAGCGAAGUGAUGGUCUCAAGUAUGAAGGCGAAUGGUUUGCGAAUAAGAAGUAUGGAUAUGGUGUUACGACGUUUAAGGAUGGCACAAAAGAGGAAGGCAAAUAUAAAAAUAAUGUACUAAUCACUAGUCAAAAGAAAAAACAUCUAUUUCUAAUUCGGUCUGCCAAAUUCAGAGAACGAAUAGACGCAGCAGUUGAUUCUGCCCAACGCGCUUCGAAAUACGCGUUGCAAAAAGCUGAUAUCGCUAUUUCAAGGACAGCGACAGCACGUGGGAAGGCAGAAUUGGCUGACGUUGCUGCUGAUCAAGCUCGUGUAGAUUCUGAUGUAGCUAUACAGAUGGCCAGAGAGUUUGCUCCCGAUUUCAAGCCACAACUGUUGGAACGAUUCGAACGAUUAAGGCGGGAGCGGCUGGUCAGGUCACCACUUGAUUAUUCUAUCAAACAAACACCAGAUAUGCCUCCUAAGCCUACGAUAGCUGAUGGUGUUAUUAAACAAAAUAUGUAUAACCAAGAAUCAGUUAGAUCCCCAACGCAGCCACAGUCUCAAAUAUAUAAUCCCGAAGUGACAAAUCUAGCUUUUAAUAAAGGGUAUUCAAAUACUCAACAAUCCGUUCCGAUUCCGAACUAUAACAUGAUACAGAGACCCAGUAAUCGAAAAUUAUCGCAAUCCUUCGAACCCAGUCAGAAGGGACCUGGUACAAUACCAAGUAUGCCAAACAAUAUACAGAGCCCAUAUUCGAAUGCAUCGCCGAGUAUGAAUGUUGGCAGUAUGGCUAACAAUGUUAUGCUAAAUCAACAACAAUUAGAAUCAAAUUAUGUGGAUAGACAAAACUACCAACAAAUAGAUAUAGAUCGAUUUCAGCAAGAUAAUUUUACUCAUCGAAAUUCCAUUCAGAUUUCCGGUGCAGCAAAAACUGCGCCAGCAAUAGGACAAAUUAAUCAAACUUCUAUAGAUUAUUUUGACCAUUACAAACGACCUCCUAGCAGAGAUGGUUCUGUGGAUCGAUAUUCCAGAGCAGCGAGUAGACUAGGUGGAGCACAAUCCAGACAAUCUUCAGUAGAUAGAACUGGUUCUCAUGUAGCUAAUCAAAGUGUAACAAAUGAAUCCGUGCCUGACCGAUCUGUUCGUGGCGGUUCCCAAAUGCGAGGGAUAACACCAAUGAGAAACGUAACGACUGUAAACAGUACGAUAACAACGGGUAAUGGCAUUGUUCCACAUUCUCCGUCCAGAGCAGCUACACCGCUUCAUCAACAGCCAAAUGAUGCUUCGUUUUCCAGUUCAAACCAACCGUUUGAAGACGUUUUGUUACGUCAACGAACUCUGGGCCAAGAUAUUAUUCCAUCACCAUCGCAGCCAAAACGGACAGAGAGUUUAUAUCUAUCAAAGCCGCUAGGAACAACUGGUGGAACAAACGAUUCAGCUCCGCCGGCAGCAGUGAGUAGAAGCGGUGGGCGAGGGGGAGGCGGUGGAGGCGGAGGUGGAGGUGGAGGUGGAAUGCAGAGGACGAUAAAGUCCAUUCCUGUGAAUACGACUCUGCAGCGAAAAAAAUCAUUACCCGAUGUUCAGCAGCUUCCGUUCGCUACUAAUGUGAUGAGCAGAGAAGAAGUCUCAAUGCUUGGAUCUGCCAGAAGGGAGGAAGUGAGGCGGCAGAUAGAUGAGUCAGAACGUUUGAAGGCUAACCCGUUGUUAUAUCUAGUCAGUCCAAAAGUGAAGGAUUGGUUCUCGCGGCAACAACUCGUCAUGCUGGUGUUGAUAAUAAAUAUAGCUUUGGCAAUUAUGUUUUUCAAAAUGCUAACAUAGCAUCUACCGUACCCAUGUUUGCCAUUCAGCAUUUUUCUGAAUAUAAUUGUAUAUCAGAAAAAUCAGAAAUGGGGAUGAUAUUUAAGCGAACAUUAUGGGAUAACUCUAGUAAUUGCUGUACGUGCUUAAAUCAUUGAAACAGCACUAAGACACUUCUAUACUUUGAAUUUGCAAUUCAGCCAGCUGCCAUCGAUUGCCACUAGACUGAACGUGUAAGUCGAGUGAAUCAUCCUUAAGAUUGGUGUUGUUAUAAAAUAUUAGUUAUAUUUUUAUGUUACUUAUAUGUUUAUUUAUUUUCUUAACAUUAUCUAGUUUUCAUCUUACAUCUGCUCUGAAUGUCCAGCCCACCUUACUAAAGAUUCUUACCUGUUGAACCAGCUAAAAAGUUUAAUGAUUGAAUUUGGUAAAGAUAAACUUCGUUAAAUUCCUUUCACGAAUUGUUGAAAUAUAACUUGUGAAAGCCUUCAGAACCAAAGCGAAUUUAAGCACUAAACAAACAAAAUAAAUAUUCGAUGUCGAAAUAAAAUAUCAAUCUGUAUUGAAAUCAAAAA